CCGGAGCGGGCGGCGGGCCGGCGAGGCCGCCCCGCUCCUCCCGCCCCGGCGGGCGCUGCCGGCUCUCCUCCUGGCCCUCCGCUACUGGGCCGCACGCCUGUACGCGUUACUCAGCCGUGCUGAACCAACUGCUGUGAGACAAGGGCGCCCUUACUGUGUCACGGGCGCGCCGCAGCCGGCAGCAGUGCUGUCAGAGUUCUCCUGGUCUCAAGUGCUGGCCCCUGAAAGUCUGAGGAGAUGGCUGCAGCAGCAGUGGCUGGACUGAUCCCUGUGCUGCACUCUGUGGCUGGUGACAAGUCUGGCUACUACAUUGGGCGGCAGCUAUGGUUUGGCUUAAUUGCCCUGUACGGGGUGGUGGUGUACGUGGUCCGCAUGCCCUGGGCACACAUCCAUGAAGAUUUCUGGUGCCAUGGCAACAUCACGUAUCCGUGCUUGAUUGAGUGUUUUGAAAAAAACUUUAGCAACCCCGUCAUGGGAAUUUGGUACUUCUUCUUCUUCAUCUUCGCCACUCUCUUCUUCCUCAUGGAAUUCUUCAUGGCUCAGAUUCGGCACAAGCAGGUCAAGAUGAAGUCGAUGGACUUGGUGGUAGGUGCAGCAGAGGAGGGCUCCAUGACGGGGAUCCAGGAGCACAUCCUCUCUUCCAAGGAGAAGUCCAUCCUGAACUUCCACCAGGAGAAGAUGCUUCUGCUUUUGUACCUCCUGUACUUCCUCCUGCAGGUUGGUACCCAGUGUGUGUUUUUAUUCCUUCUCAUGUUUCAGCACCUGCCCUUGGUGACACAAGCUGUCAUUCACUGCAGCACCUAUGACUGCCCCGGCCCCUACCUCUGCCUGAUCCGGGCGACCAUGGAGAAGCGGAUGUCCAUCUACACCCUCAUCACCCUGUCCUUCCUCAUCAUCGUCUUCUGCACAGGCUUCUUCAUGUACAGCAUUCACCAUUACCUGUUGAAGGGCAUUUCCAGCUUUAAGUUUUGGAUGAAUUGACAUUUGGGAGGAAAAGCACCCUUCUUACUUAAAGACUUUCCCACUUGAACUAUGUUGUUUAUGUUUCUCUAAAUAUUGUGUCUGGGGAAGGGCCUCCUCCUGCUAACCUUCUUUGAUUUUUCUCCUUUAAAAAAUAAAUGUUUGCUGUUCUUGUUUUCUUUCUUUAUA